GUGGGCUUUUAUAAAAGCACCUGGGUUGGUUUGAUAGAAUCCGACCCGGUUACAGUUUCGAACCACAGCAGUCGUCUUUCUUUGUUUCUCUAACACAGAAAGGAAGAGAGAGCGUUUGUAAGACGAAGGAGAGAAAUGGGUGGAGAAGAAAUAGCGGGCCCACCAGCCCCGAAGGUCCUCCGUCUCCUCUAUUUCGUCGGCGCCGGCUUUAUUUGCACGGUUGGAAUCAACAAGUGGCGCGAGAUGCAGCGCAAGUCCAUGGCUUUACAGCAACACCAGCAGCAGCAGCAGCUCCCCGAAAAUGCCUCAAAUGCCCUUGAGUGAUCUCAGGUUUUUGGUUUUGUGAAAUUCUUGAUGAAUGUGUGUAAAACAAUAACAAUUUGAGUAAUCUGAUUUGAAAUUUUGCAUUAA